UCUGUUGCAGUUGGGGCUAGUUUUUAAUGUAUCGCGCGUUUUGUAUGCCUAGUAAGAAUAGUUUUCCUCAUGCAUAUCUUAUUGAGCACCUUAGGUGCACAUUCUAUUCAAUGGUAUUUAGUGUUUGUCAUUGGCUUACCCUUAGUUAGCAGUCUGACUAUAAAAGGCCUAGUAAAAAUCCUGUGUCUCAUUCUGAGCUGUAUUGCUAAGUUCAGGGUUCCCAAAUACGCCAAAUUUGGUGUAUUUUACAAAAUUGUUCAGAUGACUCCACAGACGUUACGGAGGGAGUCACUUCGACUCCAGAAAUUUUUGAUGAACAAACAGGGAGCCACUUUGACUCCAGAAAUUUUCGGUAACAAACACAGUUUUGUCCUUACCUUUUUCGCCACAAAUACCCUAUUAUUUACAUUAAUUGUAAUCGUUGUAAACCUUAAUUAAAUCAUCAAAAUUAUAGAUACUCCAUGACAAAACAGGAACAGGGUAAAUUACAAUCAAAGUUUACUCGAUGACUGCCAUCAUGGAUUUCAGCUUUCCAAGUCAGCAGACCACCACAGCUACCUCGUGUAUCCCCCACGAUAGUGUAUACAUGCUAGGACCACGUGCUGGAAAGUCUGAAAAUGGCUUUUUUCGUUGUGAUACUUGACUCCAAAUAUUCCAAAAUGACUCCAAAAUUUGUGAAGCAGAAGUCACAGUGACUCCACUCAUCAAUAAAAUUUGCAAACCCUGUAAGUUGAUAGUUCAACCAUCCUAAAGUUUUUUACUUCCCACCCUUCUCUCCCUUUGGAGGUUUUGUUGUUGUUUUCAAUAAACAUGGGUUCAACGCUUUCUUUUGCCUUUGGUUUAAUUCUCAUGACAACUUCCUCAAGCUUUGAUUUUAACACAAACCUUUAUAAUUAUGAGAUUGUAUUCGAGCGUGUGCCGACAGAGUCAGCUCGUAGUGCUGAUAAGAUAAAGUUCCUAGAAAAGAAUAAUUGCCUACACCAUUCCAUUAAGCUGCAUGAUGCUGGCCGCUGGUUUCAGCUUGAAGUGCCGAGGAGUGUUAGGCCAUAUUAAGUUUGUUUCUCUUGGACCUACCUGAACUUGUCCAGUCCGGGGCAUGUAAAAUAAUGCUUGGGAGAUAAGUAAGGCUUUAUGGUCACGCUACGGAAGUCGUCUGCCAUGCUUAUUGCGGAGUGGUGUAGUCCCCUUUAUGCCAUAUGUUUUGUUGUCAUGUUUUCAUUAAACUUUAAUUUAAAGCCUAGCUAAAGGAACUGCAACAUUAAAUUAUAUUUGUUUUAAACUUUGUAAUUUUUUGUAUGUAGGAACACCCCUGGGUGACAGCAGCAUAUUUUGGUCGAGGUACAGCUUAUGUUCAGAAAGGCUUACAGGUAUUUCAAAGGCUUUACUCUGUUCAUGGUGUGAAUACAAUUUUCUUUUUCUUGGUAUUAAAAGCCAAUAUUUCAUCAUUUUCAGAACAAGGAGAAUGCUGAUGCAGCAAUAGAAGAUUUUUCAUCAAUUAUCAGAUUAAGUCCUGAUAAUCCUGAUGGAUGGAUAAAACGUGCUGAGGUAAUGUAUAAUCAAUAUUAGAUCAUCUGGCCUUCAUCAUGUUAAAGUGUCUAUUAAGGCAGUAGAAGAAAAGUAAGUUAAAAGAAUGAUACACUCUAUACAUGUAGGUGGGAAAAAGCAUCAGUCCUUAACUUACUGAUCAUCGAUAAGGCUGUUAAAUAACCUGUGGCAAUAACUGUCACCCACUAAGACAACUACCGAUUCUUUUGCGAUUUAUUCAUUUUAAUGUGUUGAUAGGUGUUAUCACCCCUGGGAAACAUCAAAGAGGCAUUAGCAGACAUCAAAAUUGCUCUUGAUCUGAAACCCAGUGCUCAUUUGUAUGUCAUGAGUGGAACACUUCACUUUAUGCAAGAGGUAUGAACAGACAAAUGAAACUAUAACUUGUUUACAUAAUAAAGGAUUUAAUAAUGCGGUAAUUAAUCACUGAGAAUAAUUACCUGCUUGAUUGAUGGCACAUGGCCUUUGAGCGAGUAGGUCGCGCUAUUUUUGAGCUCUAGUUUGGUGUAAAUCUCUGUUAAAUUUCUAUUACUAAAACCUAAAGCAGAGCGGAAGAAGACGAUAGAUAAACUUAGUCCAAAUUUUUUGCGCUAAAUUAUGGAAUGAGAUACUAGGUAGAAUGAGAUACAUGUCAAAAAAAGUGUUUAGACGAAAAUUACUCAGUGUGCUCUUUGAAAUAUUAAAAGACAAAGAUGAUUACCCUCAUGUAACCAUGAUAACACGAGAAAUAAUAUCGCGAAAUCCUAAACCUUAGCUUCUUCCCCCAGGUUGCAUUAAACAGAUUUGUCUUUCUUGCUUUUGAAUUUAUUACACAUAUUUCGUCUUUUCUUUUUCUUUGCUUUUUACUUAUUUAAUUAUCUGAGCUAUCUGAUUUGUAAUAGAGUCAAUUUGGCACACCUCUACUAGCUUUUUUUUUUUUUUUUUUUUUUUUGCUAACUGCAUACCAAGAAAUUGUACUUUCAAUAUUAUGAUAGUAAAUAUUUGUCUUGUCUGGUCUUGUCUUGAUGUUUUUCCUUGAUUUAUUGACUGGCUGACCUACUCAAUGAGUGAGUGAGUGAGUAAGGGAGUGAGUAGAGGAAUGACUUUUAACAAUGUGAGAUUAACCAUGUCUAAAGGAAUACCAAAAUCCUUAUACCUAAAAACUAAUUAACUUUACCUGCUUGCAUUUCUUCACAUAAUCUUCUGUUCUAGUGAAUUUAACUGUUGAUGACUGAAAAAGAAACCUUGACUUUUUGUUGGCUUCUUAAGGAUUAUGAGGCUGCCACUGAAAGUUUCGUUAAGUGCCUGGAGACUGAUAAGAAUGAACCAACAGCAAUGUUAUAUUAUGGACUGUCUCUGUACCACAGGGGAAAAGUGAAGGUAAUCAGUUAUACAAUACAUGCAGCAGCUAGUUGUAAAAAAUUCUUUUCAGGAGAGUAGCUCAGUUUAUCAACAACAACAACAACAACAAUCUUUAUUUUUCCUUUUUUCUAGUUAUUUAAAAAGUGCCCACGGACUGCAGAUUAAGUUAGGGUUAGGGUUGAUACUGUCUCUUUUUGUUUGAUGCAAAAUAAUCGUGGCCACAAACUCUUAAGGGUCGGUUAUUUAAACAAAUUCUAACUUAAACCGCGGUUUAAGAAAUCUUUGGACCUCCAGAUCUCUUCCUUAGUGGGUCAAUUUAAGAAGAUAAAUGCUUUUCCUGUCUACUCUACAUGCUUUAAUGAAACUGUUAACAACAAAAUAAUGGUGUUUAGAUAAAAGUGUUGGGCAAACGGAAAAUGAUUUAGAACGCUGUUCUGUUAAACAAUGGCUAAACUCCAGUUAAAUAACUGGCCCUAAAUGUCUCUUCCACGUGUAGUAUAGUUAUUACUUACCUGCUUGCUUUUUUUUUUUUUCUCUGCUUGGGUUGAUUUGUCAGGAGUCCAUUGAGAUUUUUAAAAAAGUUCUUGAGACAAACGUUAACAAGGCAGAGUGCCAUCGCAGCUUGGGCCACGCCUACAGGUGGGUAUUGUAACAAUGUAAGGGUGAAGUAUUGGAGGUUAAAACCAACUUUUACGCUAGGAUGGUUCAAUUCUGGAGUCUGUUGCUGUAAUAUUAUUAUUGUUUCUCCAUGUACCUACUGGGGGACAACAAGGAAGAGGGUCAGGUUUUGAUCUUUAGAGAAAACAUUACCAACCAACAGUAUGUGAGUAUGUCCUUGCAAGACAUACUAUGCUUUGGUACUGUCUAUGCAAAUAGAAGGGUGGAUAAGACUUAACCAUUUUUUUGUACACUGCUGUGUACGUAUGUAAAAAUUGAGGUGUUUGUGGUGUGUGUAAAGCUAUGAUAUUUAUGCUGCAAGUGAAUUAAUUUUUUGUCUCAUUAACUGUGCAGGGAGUUGGGAAGUCCAGACCUUGCCCAUACACAUUUCACAGAAGCCAUCACUCUAGAGCCAACAGCCUCCCAGGUUUGUAAAAACAUUUUUUUACAAAUUUGCUGCAUGAGGUAUUAAAACAGCUCUAGAAUGACUGUAAGUAAUGUAGUUGGGGAAGGGUGGUGGCUAAGUUGUUAUAACUUAAGUAAGUUGUUUUGAAAAGUUGCCCAAUGUUUUUUAACAGUGCUACUUAUUUUCUUCUGUGAUAGAAUUAUCAAUCUCGAGGGAUAAUUAAUUAUAUGAAUGGGAAACCUCAAGAAGCCAUCAAAGACUUUGAGGUACUACAAUAUAAAGGUGAAAAUUCACAAGUAGCAUGGGUCAAGUAAAAUCACGCAAUAGCAAUGAUGGAAGACAUUUUUUUCUGUAGCCAAACCUGUAUGAAUACAAUUCCCAGUUUCUGGACAAGGUUUAUUUUUUUGUUUGUUUUCUUUUCAACAGAACUGUCUUAAAUACAAUCCAAGUAGCAUUUCCUGUACUUAUUGGAAAGGAGUUAGUCAUGCUUCAAAAGGAAACUUUUAUGAGGCUGUGAAAUCAAGCACAAAGGUUUGAUUGUCAAUCAACUCACUAUUUUAAUACCGCAGGCCCCAUGGUAGACAUCAGUUAAUCACUGAUUUCUUGGACUACAAAGUGUGGCAUUUUAUACAUCAUUGUUAUUUUCAACUUGACAGUUUUAAGCUUGUCCCUCUUUUCACUCUUGAGCAAAAACCUAAAAUUCAUUCAUUUUUUGUGACAAGUGUAUAAACUUAGAUUUUUAUUUGAUGUGGAAUAUUUACCAGAUUAAAUGUCUCUGUUCUCUGUGGAAAUUCUUCCAAAGAAUGCAAAUACAAAGUAAAGGUUAAAGAUGAACUGGUAAUGUAAUAUUAACAAAAUAGGUGGGAAUCAGCAUUGUACCUUGAAUUCACAGGUCUUGCUGACAGAUACAUCUCCCGUGCAAGAUGUGGAUGUUAUCAAAAGCCAUUACCUCAAAGGUGACAACGUUUUCUCUAAAUUUUUUAGUGUAAUUUGCUGUAAUAAUUGAAUAGAAGGUCUUUGAGGACAACUUAAUGAGUCAAACUUUCGCUGAUAACCAGAAGCUAGCAAACAAUACCCUCCACAGGAGCCAGCCCUGGUGGAUAGGAUACUAGCUUGCUAACACCCUUGGAACAAGUUAGACGAGCCCAUCUUAUGAUAACCUGGUUUAUGUACUACAAAGUGACUAGGGACAUCAGUACCUUUCCCUGGAUAGCAGACUUCUGAUCAAAAGAUGAUCCUCCAUUUCAUAGGUUCACCAUUGUGUAUUCAUUUUCUAUAAAAACACUUGAUUAUAAUUUGUAUGACUGAUUUACAUUUAUAUGAUUUACGUAAGAGCUGAACUGUUAAUUAUUUCUCAGAGUAUUCACGGUAUCUUCACUCCCACUUGGACACGCCUCUCUCUGAAUAUUCCCCGGAUGUUGAUCUUGAUGGUCGACUGAGAGAUCUCUGGGUGAAGGGCCUUCCUUUCAAUGCAAGGGUACGUGACUAGCAGACUUUCUUUAAACUUUGAAAUUAACUCCUUUUAAGGGCUAGGACUUUGUAAAUUUCAACUUAUUAUUCAUUUUAACGGUUUAAACAUCUUUUUUUUUUAGAAUUACAAUGAGCAGCCUGGUAUCCAGCCUCAUAUACGGUUAGUAAAGACAGUAGGCAGUCAAUUUUAAUUUGCUUUAAGCAAAGUGGUGCGUCCGAAAGUAGUGUUACCCUAAAACAAUCUGUCUUUGCUGUCAAGGACUUGAUCCGUUGUAAACGGAAGUUUUAGAAAAGACAACACAUCUUCCAUUGUGUAACUUGCCACUCUGCCAUCGUUGUCUUUGCUAAAUGACCCUAAAUCUGUUGCCUUAUGGAACCAAACUGAAGGGCUGUGACAUAAAACUGAAACGAAAAGAAAUGUACAGGAAACCAAGGUUAAGUCUUUGCUGACAGUAUUCCAGCCCUUGGUGAUUAUCAACAUUUUUUUUGUAACAGAGAAGUUGAAGAUGUUGUUUUCGCCGAUUUUAGUCCAGAGGCUCAGGUAUGCCGAGUAGUGCAUUUUAAAUCGUCUUUUUUUUCGUCGUGUUUGUGGUAAUUUAUGUGUUUAACCCUAUCUUUUCUGAUACCAAACACCUCCUAAUCCUAUUGUCUUCCAUCUCUAGUUGUUAUUAUGCAAAUCCUCCAUUUUGGGUCCUUUGAUUCAGUAUCAUUCGGCUGGUUUCCUGCCCAACAUGAGGCAUCAUCGCGCCAUGGGCCUUGCCAUUCUUGACGUUGCACAAGUUGCUAGUAAGAACUGGAAGGCUGGCAGGUCUUCUAAGAAUAACCAAAAGAAAGCUAGCUGGAGAAACAUGUUUGAUGUGGCUGUCAAGUGGAGAAGGUAAGAAUAGAUCGACUGUAAAUACCUAAAAACUUUCCCAGACAAUCCCUUUCUUACGGGAUUCUUACGGUGAUUCUACCUUUCAAUUAUUACCCUUAUCUUACAAGACCCUUUUUCUGAUAUUGUCGUCUUAUUUAUGUGUAGAUUGUCUGAUCCAGAGCAGCCAGUAUUUUGGUUGGAUAUGAUGCCAGAUAAAAGCGUCAAAAGCGGCUUUAAUUUCCGGAUGAAUCUUUUAAGGUUUGUUAAGAGACAAUGUACAACCUACCCCACCCAGUUACGUACCCUCCCCUCCCUGCCAACAAGGUUUGCUCAUAGGUACUAGAGUGUAUUACCACAGGAAUUUUGACGACACCCUUUUCACGGACUUGGAGACCUGGUUGACUUUACCAUCUAAUCGAUGUAAUAGAACAGCAAUUACCUUUUGUAUCUGCUUUGUGUUUGUGCGAGUGACAAACUGCGAAAACUACUAACAUUACUCCAGAGUUCUUUGCACUGACUUUCUGUGACGCAGCGAGACUGCGGGUAGCGUGUUACAAUCACGGACCUUAAAUUCAUGUGAUUGCAGGGGCCAGUUAAAAAGCGUUCGGUACUCGGACUACUUUGACAAGAUUUUUCAGUUUACGAAAACAAUGUUACAGCAUUUAUACAGGUGAGCUAACUAUGAUUCUAACCUUGACUUUUUCUAAGGGUAUAAAUCUAUCGCCCCGCGCUAAGCUUGCAGUUUUUUCUGUCGUGGUAUGCCUGUGGUUCUAAGCCACGUGACCUAAAAAACAUGUGCUUUUAAGUAGCUUUGAGGCGGCCCUUAAAGAUUGAGUUUGUCUUUCUUAAGUCUUUGAGACUGCUAUCGUUACAAUUUCCACAACAAAAAUAAAGAGUUCAUUAAAGCAGGAAAUUUGAUUGAAGUCAACCCACUAAGCUGUGGGAGCAUGCGCAAAACGGUACUGACUUCAGGUUGAUUGCUUUCAGAGUGGAUGAACUCAAUUCCAAGGAAUUUAAAAAUAAUAUAGAGAAAGCAAAAACAUGUCGGCAGCUUAUGGAAGUCUUGAAGGUAGGCCUGAAUUGGGACAAGUAUAAUCAAUCACCUCCUCAAAAUAGAUUAUAGGGGUUAGUUUCUAUGGAAACUGUGGUGUUAUGUCGGUUGGCGGGAGUGAACUGUUUGUUUUGUUGUUUGAUUAAAUCAAUUGAUAAACCACUUACUGUAGAAAGAUUGAGAAGCUGACCUUUGGAGGGUUAGCCUGCUUUUAUGUCUCAGUCACUUAUCAGUCUCCUGUUGCUGCACUAAAACCCUGCAUCACCCAGUUCAUUCUAGGAUGCUGUACAACUCAUCAAACAUAGAUCGGUCAAUUGAGCUGUUUCUUCCCCUUUUAUGCCCGAACGAUUGAAACAGGCACCAGGAAUGAUUGCACGGUUCAUCCUGAGGUUGUGUUAACCUCAUUUAUGACCGCACUGUAUCAUUCCUUAACAUUUGAUAGUGCAGAGAGUGCGUCUAGAGGCCUUCUUACAUCCUGCUAAGAAGAGAUUUUCUCAAUUUCUGUUUCUCGUCUACAUUAGCAACACGAUUCACGUAACCCACAGCCUGGUAUGGUUUUAUCCACUCAUGUAUCAAGUACAAAGGGCACUGGAACGAAGAGUUUAGAAGGAUUAAAUUUAAGUCUCUCUGAAAGGUCAGUUUAUUGUUUAUGUCUUUACAUGCUAUUCAUACUAAAGGCAGUCGUACCCUUCAAUCAUUUAAUAACACGAAGCGCGAAGGUGAGACCAUAGUAGUGAUGUAAGCUUUUAUUACUUUUCAAUUUUAUCUGGAUUUUGACACACGCUCGCGCUUGCCAGGGUGUGCCGGCAUUACUGCGUCCAUGAUAAGUUUUAGCAACAAGAUUGAAAAUAGAGCAUUUGACUUCUGUUUUUUUUAGCGGUUCCAAUCUUUUGUUCACAAUGGACACCCCAACGACACCAUCAAGGACAGCUGAUUAUCAUUCAGAGCUGGAUUUUAUUUGGGGGCAGCUUUAUGAUGAGAUGAGAAAACCAGGCAACAAGGUAAAAGACUCAAGUUUGCGCCUCUUUUGUUCUCGAGACGUGUUUCAAUUGUAAGUGAAAUUGUUGAACUCGUCCAUGAGAAAAGGGAAGAACUCUCGGCUCCGAAUUUACAGUCCCUCACGGACCGCAGUUAGAACAAGAUCAGUGGUCCCCACUUUGGGAACUGUACAGCCCCCGAAAUGAUCCCCUAUUUCUCUUCACGUCGACCCCGAAAUGAUCCCCAAUUAAUUCUUGGAAUGGAAUCAUUUCUGGGUCGGGAUCAUUUCGGGGGCUGCACAGAACAAACAAACUACACGACAGUGACAUCUGUCUUCACCUGUUUUUACAAUCAGUUCCUUCUCUCUUGUUCGGCAAAAUAUCAUAAUUUACCACUCUAAAUAAUGACUAAACAAUUUUUCGAUUGUUUGCCAUGCUCUCUGUGAUCAUAUAUGUUUCGCCCACAGGAUGUUGAUAUGGUUGGCAACUACAUUCUGUAUAUGGUGUACUACUUUUUUAAUCUAAUGCCUCUGUCACGAGGAUCAAGGUAAUUUUCCCUUUCUUACCAGAUCACGACAUUGUGUUUGCCGAACAGCGCGCUAUAUGGCUCUUUCUAACAACCCGAUAUCACGGCCCCUUUUUAACGCAGACCUCGGUGUAACAAGCGAUUUUCUUUAAUGUAGUUACAUAUAUAACACACUCGGCGUUACCAGUCCAUUUGCACUUCCUUAUAUAGCAGGGGCCCCGAGUCAGUAACAUGUGAAGCGUAUGAAUUCUUUAUUUUCCUUUCUGUACAAGUGCUGUGGCGUACACAGUAGCUUUAGGUCUUUUCCUUGCUGUUGGUAGAGAAACAACUGGAAAAAUUCCACAAGGAAAGGUACGUGCUCCUAAAAGUUUUUCUUUUCCGUCAAACGUCUCGAUUUGAGGGUCACAUUGGAACUACACGCGAGCGAAAAUUGCCAGAUUUUCGAGGGAUCAGACGAAAAAAGUCUUAAACCUAAAAGCAAUAAUAGUAUUAAGUAACAUGGAAAGUUAAGGUCACAUUAUCACCAAUCAGCCAGCUGCAUCAGAAUUUACAAUAGUGCUUCUCUGUUCGUGCAGCGCUAUCAGGUACACGGACGAGUGAGAGCAUGGGGACCCAGGCCGCGGGCGUUCAGUGUAAAGUAGAUUCUAGCUUACGAUUGGUUGAUAUAUUUAUUUCACCUUCCUUUUUUUUCUUACUGUUUUAGGAGGUGGACUUAGAAGCCAUGAUCGGGGGAUCCGUUGAAAAUUUCGCCAAGCACGUCAAAGAAUGGCUGGCGCUUAAAAAGUAAGGCCCUAGGUACUGGAAAAUUAUAAGCCUCAAGUCGAGGUCGAGUCAUUAUUUCCAGUGAUUUUACUCCGUAAUGAUAUGAUAUCAUGUUCUUCUCCAUGGGAGUAUGUAGUGAUGUAAAGUCAACUCUCUCUUAACGGGCACCUCUUUAAGACGUACAUUUCGCUAGAACGGUCACCUAGAGUUAGACCCCGCCUUUCUUUACUCCUUCUAGUUGACUGUCUAUAAGAUGGACAUCUCUCUAAGAUGGUCACAUAGGGCUGGUCCCUAUUUGUCAUUAUUAGAGAGAGUUAGUUGUAUGAAUGUAGUAUUAAAGUUCAAUCUUGUCAAACUCCGAAACUUCCACAACCUGAGCAUAGGCUUCUUAUAAGUUCGAAUGAUCGUUGUGUUAAUUCUUUUCUCUCUCUGCAGGUUGUCCAAACCGGUAACGUCUUUUCCCUUUGUCAGUGAAGUCUUCCCCACUCUCCGCGCUGCUCUGGAAGCUCUAAAUGUUCGCUUCACUGAAGAUGAUUGUAAAAAUCUCCCAUCAUUUUAA